AUGUCUUCUUCCUCCUCCGCUGCUAUUUCUUCCUCUUCAACCUCUGCUCCUCCCAAUAUUCAGCAUUAUUUUACCUUAAAACUCACUUUAGAAAACUAUCUCCUUUGGAAAAUGCAAAUUUAUCCUUUGCUGAGAAGUCAAGACUUGAUCGGUUUUAUUGAUGGCAGUUCGACCUGCCCUUCUUCCUCCCUUAUUACUGCGGAAAUAACUGAUCCUCAACCCAAUCCGGAUUAUAGUGAUUGGGUUCGCAGAGACCAGUUAGUCAUGAGUUGGCUCCUCUCCUCUCUGACCCCAGAUAUUCUUCCAUACGUAGUAGGUCUCACUACUGCUCCUCAGGUUUGGAAUGCCCUUCAAUAUGCAUUUGGUACACUAUCUCACACAAGUGUACUUCAACUACACAUGCAAUUGCCGAACAUAUCAAAGGGAUCCAAAUCCAUUUCUGAAUACUUACGUGAAAUAAAGUUCAUCUCUGAUCAAUUGGCGGCUGCCAAUAAACCAAUUGGAAUAAAGGAGCUUAAUGCUAUCAUUUUCAGGAAUCUUGGAUCUGAAUUCAGAGACAUUAUUGCAGCACCGGCAACCAAGGCUGAGCCCAUCUCUUUCCACGAUCUCCAUCGACUAUUGCUCAGCCAAGAGCUUCACCUCAAGACAACCCUCUCUAUAGCUGAAGCAAAUCUCAACCAUGCUCAACAUGCUGCGCCUGGUGCUUCCUCUACCACUCCAGCCCAUCAAGAAAAGGAGAAGAAACCAGAUCUAACAAUGGAGAUUCCUUCAUAUUUCAGGUGCCCCAUUUCAAUGGAGAUCAUUAAGGACCCUGUCAUCAUCUCCACUGGUAUUACAUACGAAAGGAAGAACAUUGAGAAGUGGUUCUUCACCUACAAGAAGCGUACCUGCCCGGCCACCAAUCAGAUCAUCAACAACUUCAACCUUACCCCCAACCAUACCCUCAAGAGCCUCAUACUCUCAUGGCAAGAUCAGAAGACUCACUCUCCAACUAAUUCCUCCCAAGAGUCCAUACCAAGCAAGCAUGAUGAGUUGAUCUCCUUGUUAACCACCAUUCAUUCAACCCCAUUCAAGGUAAAUUCUCUUAAGAAACUCCGUUCGAUAAUCGAAUUAGGUGAUGAGACCAAAGCUUAUUUUGUUCAAUCUGGAGGUGUUGAAGUCGUUAGCCACAUAAUUGUCCAAAGCCUAGCUGAACCUUCUGAUUUCAUUAUAUUUCGAGCUUGUGAAGAGGCUUUGUCUAUCUUACACCAAUUAGCCUUUUCCGACGAGGUACUGCUUCAGAUGGGUUCCCCGAGAAAGGCUAAGGAUGAGUUCUAUCCAAGUCCCAACAAUGAAUGCAUCAAAGCCAUGGCUAUGAUGCUUCAAAGAGGAAGCGCAGAGGCCAGACUCCACACUGUUACUAUAUUCAGAAAGAUGGCUAAAGUGGAUUAUAAUUUCAAUUGGGUUAUUGAAGAUCAAAGUAUUGAUCUAUUCAAAUCCUUAUUAGAGUUCUUAUCAGAUGAGAUCAACAGCACUGCAUGCUCCUAUGCUUUGGAUGUUUUGGUUCACAUCAUUGGGUCAUCUAAAAAGAAUAGGUUAAAGGCAAUUGAAGCUGGUGCAAUGUGUGUCUUGAUUGAGCUACUUCCAGAUUACAAUGGAUCCAAAUGUGAGAAGAUAUUGUUGCUGAUCAAAUUGGUUUGUGAAUGUGCUGAGGGAAGAUUGGCUUUAGUUGAACAUGAGUUAGGGAUUGCCGCGGUGUCGAAGAAGAUAUUACGCCUCUCGGAUGCUGCAACUAAGCUUGGAGUGAAGAUCUUCUGGUUGAUAUGCAGUUCUCAUCCAUCAAUGAAGGUCUUAGAAGAAAUGUCACAACUUGGAACUGUGAAGAAGCUCUUGGAAUUGGUACAUAUUGAUGGGCAGUCAUCAACAAAAAAUAAAGCAAUGAAGAUCCUCAAGUUACAUGGAAAUAGAUGGAGGCAAUACCCUUGUUUCCCUUCUAAUUUGAAGGAUUAUUUGAAAACAUCAAUGGAUGAUUCUACAUGA